AUGACAGAUACAGACCAGCGGAUUAAUGACUUGCAAUUGCACAAUACUAAUCUGUUAAGACAAUUGCAAGAAAGUGAUCAUCAAAAGGCUGAUCUGGAGAGACAAGUUGCAGAAUUGCAAAAGCGACUGAAUGAAGAAAACGAAAAAGCUUCCGGUUCUAGAAAGCAACCAUCCCUGAGAAGAGACCAAAUCACAAGUCAUCAAAGACGACAGGCAGAACCCCAAGGACAAUCGGCCACAGGGAACCAACAGCUGGUUAUUCAGGGUCUGCAAAACCAGCUGUCAUCAAAAAAUGAAGAGGUUGCUGUCUUGAGAAAUCAACUGACGGCGAAAGAACAACAACUGAGGGAUCUGGAGAAGCAAACGGAUACACGCGGCUCUCACAUUGAUUUUAAAAAACUUUUGAAAGAAAGAGAUGAAAGGAUCAAUGAAUUGGAAGCUCAACUAAAGGAAAAGGAGGAGUUAUUGGCCACCCUUAAAAAGCAGGCGAGAGCAAGAACCCCAAGACUGCCUGAUUUGCAAUCAAGGGCGCCACCGGAAAGAGACCCACAAGUCAGCGGUUUCCAUAGAGAACUCACAGAAAAAAACCUGCUACUCACUGAGCUACAAAGGCAACUGGCAGGAAAAGACCAGGAGCUCAAUGAUCUCCGAAACCAAAUGACUGCCAGAGACCAAGAAGUUACCGACCUGGUGAGAGAACUUGGAGAAUCGCAGCGGCAGGUCGUCGAUCUGCAAAGACAGGUAACAGCAAGAGAUCAGCGAAUUGUCGAUUUGCAAAGAAGACUGACAACAAGGGACCAGCAGGUAAUCGACUUGGAAAGACAACUGGCAGAGAGAGACCGUCAGGUUGCAGAUUUGGAUAGACAACUGAAAGCCAGAAAUAGUCACGUUGAUGACCUCCAAAGGCAACUCAGAGAGAAGGAGAGGCAACUUGCUUCUAGAGACGAACAAGUGUCUGAUUUGCAAAGACAGCUAAUAGAGAAAACCCAACAAGUUAAUGACCUCCAAAAUCAAAUCACUGAAAAGGACCAAGAAGUCGUGAAACUACAAGGACAAAUGACUGCAAGAGACCAACAACGUAAAGAUCUUCAUAGGCAAUUGACAGAGAAGGACAAAGAAGUUGCAGAAUUGCGAGUACAACUGAGAGCGAGGAGUCAGGAAGUUAUUAACCUCCAGGGGCAACUGUCAGCAAGAGAUCAAAGAAUCAGCGAUUUGCGGAGACAGUUGUCGACUAGUAAUCAAGAAAUAACUGAUCUGCAAAGACAAUUGAGAUCCCUUGAUGAACAGGUUUCUGACCUGGAGAGACAAUUACAUGCGAGGCCUGAGAACGAACCAGAGAGGUCUCAAUCCAGAAGUACUCUACAGGAACAUGAUUGGCUGAUAAAUCAGAAUGAACUCACUCUUUCAGAGGAAGAACUUGGAAAGGGUGCAUGGGGAAGAGUUGUCCGGGGAAAAUUUCGCAGAUCUGAUGUUGCAGUCAAAGAAAUUUUUGAUAUCAUUCGAUCUGAUCACGUCUCUGAAUUAUUUGAGAGGGAAAUUGAAAUGGCUUCCAGAUGUCGUCAUCCUUGCCUGUUGCAGUUAAUUGGCGCAACAAUCGACAAGGAGGGCCUCUUGUUAGUUACAGAGCUUUUGGAACGCAGUCUUCGAUCGUUGUAUGAAGAGCGCCCUUUAGCUGAGAACGAAAUUUCUCUCAUUUCAUUGGAUGUUGCCCAAGCUCUUAAUUAUCUGCACAAGAAUCGACCCGUACCCAUUAUCCACCGCGACAUCAGUAGUUCUAAUGUGCUGCUAUGGCGACAAGGUGACCAAUGGCGAGCUAAAGUGUCAGACUAUGGCACGGCCAAUUUCGUACGGCAGAGCUCGAGGAAUGAUCCUGGAGCUCCAGUUUACAGCGCACCGGAAGCCAGCUGUGAGGCCACGGAUCAAAACAUGAGUUGUAAGGUCAGCACGUUUUACGUAUAAUUGUCUUAUAUAUAUAAAAAUAUAUAUUGAUUCGUGGCGCCAGUUUUACCGAAAAGAAAGCAAUGUAAAAGAAGGGUUUGGCCUUGCUGAUAGAUAGACUGGUCUGCUAUAACCGUCACUCCAAAAGAGUAAGGAGCUGAACAUGAGCAGAUAGAGGCGUAUCAGUCUAUAAAACAAUUACUUUAGAUUUCAUUGUUCCUGGUUGGAUUCGGAAGUGUUGGAAUCUGAUAUUGCGGGUAUCAUCGAUUUCUACAGGGGCACUUUUAGAGAGAAAUCCCUUGAUCAACUAAUUGUUAAUUCCUUACUUAGGUUGACGUCUAUAGUUUUGGUGUGCUCCUUUGCGAAAUAUGUAUCUCGGAGUUUCCCAAUCCUGAAAGGCGUAAACAGCAAGUCGAAAAAGUAAACAACGACUUGCUUCGAGCUCUCAUCCGGGGAUGUCUUCAAGAGGAGCCUUGGGAAAGACCGAAUAUGGACGAGAUUAUUGAAGAACUCGAACAUCUAUGUUCUAUGACAUUAUAGUUAUAUUUUUAUGUUUGAUGAAAAAAAUGGGACUGUUUUGGGUUUUCUCUGAUCAAAUUACGCAGUGAUUAAGUAUAUUAGUUUAUUAGUUACUUAGCCGAAUCGUAUGCAAUAACAAAAUUAGUCAAAAACUUGAGACAGGAACAAACGGAAAUAAAACGAGUAAACGAAACCGAGGAAAGAAAAACACGCGCGAAAAAGUGAUUUAUUUGGCUGAUGCAUUUAGCGCCAAAACU